AGCCAUAUUUGGAUGAUUGACUUUCGCCAGAGGUCUUUUGUUUCCUUCUUUGGUGUGGUUCGAUGUUCUUGGGCGGGCGUUGUCGGUCGCUCUGACUUUGACUUUGUUACGGACUUAUCUCCAUGGAAAGUGAGGCAAGUAGUAAACCUCGUUUUCCUGUGAUCACGGCCGUUGUUUUAUGCCCUGUGAUGAUCCAACGGUUGAUAAGUUUCCGGAUCCAGAGAACGCCGCCGCUACAAAAGCGCCGCGACGGAGCUGUGGAGGUCGGCACUCGAUCUCUCGUUCGUUCUUCCGAUGUCUAAACGUUCGAUACUUUUCACCAUCCUCUUCUCUCUCUCGCUCUCUUCCGCCGCCCAGCAAGACGAGUUCACCUACAUAGGCUUCUCCGGCGGCGCAAAUGGCGGUGGAAGCAACAUCAGCUUGAAUGGGGUUGCGGAGGUCGACGACAGCGGGAUCCUGCGGCUGACCAACGAGACGAGCCGGCUGAUUGGCCACGCCUUCUACCCUGCGGCCCUCCGGUUCCGGAACGCCACCAGCGGCGCCGCCUUCUCCUUCUCCACCGCCUUCGCGUUUGCCAUCGUUCCCGAGUACCCCAAGCUCGGCGGCCACGGUCUCGCCUUCACCAUUGCGCCCACCAAGGAGCUGCCGGGGGCCCUGCCCAGCCAGUACCUCGGCCUCGUGAACGCCUCCGACGUCGGCAACCCCACCAACCACGUCUUCGCCGUGGAGUUCGACACCGUCCAGGACUUCGAGUUCGGCGAUAUCAACGACAACCACGUCGGUGUCGACAUAUACGGCUUGGUCUCCAACUCGUCCGCCUCCGCCGCCUACUAUGGCGGCGACGGCGCCAAGAAGGACCUCAAUCUCAAGGGCGGGUUCACGAUCCAGGCUUGGAUCGACUACGACGGAGGCGAGAAGGUUCUCAACGUCACCAUUUCGCCUUUCUCCUCGAAGCCGAGUACGCCGUUGCUGUCGUUUCGGGUGGAUUUGUCCCCAGUCCUCCUGGACGACAUGUUCGUGGGCUUCUCCGCGUCCACUGGACUGCUCGCGAGCUCCCAUUACCUCUUUGGCUGGAGCUUUAAGAUGAAAUGCGUCUCUCGGUCCCUGGAUCUCUCCUCCCUGCCGUCGCUUCCUCUGCCGAAGAAGAAAAAUAUCACCUUGGCGAUCGCCGCCUCUAUCACGGCCUUUGUUCUGCUCAUCACCGCAAUCGCCGCCGCCGCCUUCAUCUUCUGUAAGAUCAAGAAUGCCGACGUAAUCGAGCAGUGGGAGUUCAGCUGCGGCCCCCAUCGCUUCUCCUACGAGGAGCUGAAGCGCGCCACCCACGGGUUUCGAGACAGAGAGCUGCUGGGCUUGGGCGGGUUCGGCAAGGUAUACAGGGGAACCCUUCCGGGCUCUCGGGCGGAGGUGGCGGUGAAGCGGGUCUCCCACGAGUCGAGGCAGGGGAUCCGCGAAUUUGUGGCGGAGAUCGCCAGCAUUGGGCGGCUCCGCCACCGGAACCUGGUCCAGCUCCAGGGCUGGUGCCGCCGCCGUGGAGACCUCCUCUUGGUAUACGACUACAUGCCCAACGGCAGCCUCGACAAGCUCCUGUUCUGCGACGAUCCCUGCGGCCAGCCGCCACCGCUCCUUUCGUGGCCGCAGCGCUUCAGAAUCCUCCGUGGCGUCGCCUCCGCCCUCCUCUACCUCCACGAGGGGUGGGAGCAGGUGGUGAUCCACCGGGACGUGAAGGCCAGCAACGUCCUCCUCGACGCCGAGUUCAACGGCCGCCUCGGCGACUUCGGGAUGGCCAAGCUCCACGACCACGGCACCAACCCGAGCACCACCCGCUUGGUGGGUACCGUGGGUUACCUCGCCCCCGAGCUCACCCGUACCGGCAGGGCCUCCACCAGCUCCGACGUGUUCGCCUUCGGCGCUCUGGUGCUCGAGGUGGUGUGCGGGCGGCGGCCCAUCGAGCCCAAGGCGUCACCGGAGGAGCUGGUGCUGCUGGACUGGGUGAGGGAGCGGUGGAGCGCGGGGCGGUGGGCGGACGUGGUGGAUCCCCGGCUGGACGGCGAGUACGAACGCGAGGAAGCGGCGGUGGCCAUAAAGUUGGGACUUUGGUGCUCCCACCCCUCGGCGGCGGCGAGGCCGGGCAUGAGGGAGGUGGUGCGGUACCUCGACGGCGGUGACGUGGCGGAGUUGCCGCCGUUGCCCAGACCUCCGGAGAGUAACGGCGGUCUCGACGGCUUAGCACCGUUCUACCCUUCCUCCGCCGAGAAGGUCUCCACGGGGUCGACUUCUCUCGGAGAAGAGGCAGUGGGGUCCGCCCACUCAUCUCUCUCCCUUCAUUCGCAUGAUCCCAUGCCAGAACAAGGUUUGGAUCAUUGCCGCCCUCCGUAAUAUCAUCAAGAUGAUGAGAGAAAGACAUCAUGGGAUGCGAACAUGAGAGAAUAUUUCUCGUCAUUGGUUUCAGCUCCCAAACUCUGCAUGUCAUCAUCGAAUGUUUCGACGGCAACAUCUUUCUGUCAUGGAAUGCUACUGACAGUUUAUUCUCCAUGUGUUUGCGGUCCUUUACAGUUUGUUUGGUGGCGAUAAGACGAUUCCAUCCUCCUAAAGUCGGAGCUUUUCCGCGUGACGACGAACUCUCCUCCCAAGAAAGCAUCUCAUUGCCAUCUUGUUUAGCACACGUGGAGCACGUGCUAGA